GGACGCUCUCCGCCUGUCUUGCCGCCUCUCUCCUUCACUUCUCCUCUCUUCUCCUCCCUCCCUCUCUCUCUGCCUCUGUGGGACCAGCGUGCUCUUGCUCUCUCUCUCCAUCUCUCCGUCUCUUUCUGACCUGACCUCUGCUUGUAUAGCAGUGUUCUUUCCUCUUCUUCUCACCCGAGACAGUCCAACUCAGAGCAGCCAAGAUGGAGGCCAUCAAGAAGAAGAUGUUGAUGCUGAAGAUGGAUAAGGAGAACGCCAUCAUCCAGGCCGAGCAGUCCGACGUGGAGCAGAGAGGGACAGAGGGCAAGACCAAACAGCAUGAGGAUGAGCUGAUCGUGAUGCAGAAGAAGCUGAAGGGGACAGAGGACGAGCUGGACAAGUACUCGGAGGCCGUCAAGGACGCCACGGAGAAGCUGGAGCUGGCCGAGAAGAAGGCCGCCGACGCUGAGGCUGAGGUGGCGUCCCUGAACAGGCGUAUCCAGCUGGUUGAGGAGGAGUUGGACAGGGCUCAGGAGAGACUGGCCACCGCUCUGCAGAAGCUGGAGGAGGCAGAGAAGGCUGCAGAUGAGAGCGAAAGAGGUAUGAAGGUGAUUGAGAACAGGGCCCUGAAGGAUGAGGAGAAGAUGGAGCUGCAGGAGAUCCAGCUGAAGGAGGCCAAGCACAUCGCUGAGGAGGCCGACAGGAAGUAUGAGGAGAUGGCCCGUAAGCAGGUCAUCAUCGAGGGAGACCUGGAGCGCACAGAGGAGAGGGCAGAGCUGGCUGAAGCCACGAGACGAAGGCUGGAGGAACAGCUGAGGAGUUAUGACCAGGCCCUCAAGAGUCUGCAGGCCUCAGAGGACAAGUACUCCCAGAAGGAGGACAAGUAUGAGGAGGAGAUCAAGAUCCUGACAGACAAACUCAAGGAGGCUGAGACCCGUGCUGAGUUUGCUGAGAGGUCGGUGGCUAAACUGGAGAAGACCAUCGAUGAUCUGGAAGACAAGCUGGCCACUGCCAAGGAGGAGAACGUGAAGAUCCAUGCCACCCUGGACCAGACGCUGUCGGACCUCAACAGCUUCUGAGCCCCUGGACGCUGACGCCAACGCCACCACCGCCACCACUGGAGCGUCCGAUGACCCUUCCUCUCCUCUCACCCCCUCCUCCUCCUCCCUCCACCCUCCCCCCUCCUGCCCCCCCUGUGUGCUGGGGGACCUGUGUUGAGGCUCGUAAAAAGAGCUGGAUGGCAUCGUUUUUGGUGGAGGUAGCACUUGCUCCGGCCCCUUUCUGGGUCCACAUAUUGUGUGUGCGCGUGCCGUGCGCGUAUUUCUGAGAUCUCGGCGCAGUCCUCAGCACAGCACGUUAAGUUUUCUUUGCUUUUGUGUUGCCUCUAGCUUUAUUUCUAUGUGUGCUAGUAUAUAAAUAUAUAUCAAUCUGUCUCUCUCUCUUUCCCCUUCCAAAAAAAGGGCAAUAUACUCAUAUGUCCCGAAGCACCAGUGUCUUAAACAUCGCUCACGUAGUGAGGACCCUCUUUUGAGUUUGCUACAUUCCGGCGGGAACGUGCGGUUUGCAGUCGGACAGAAUUACGGAAUUACAGUGGAUCAUCUCGCGUUGCCAGAGCACUGUUCCUUUUCCCUUCCCCUCCACCUUCACUCUCGCAGUCUUAGGUUGCGUUAAAGAGGGUGUUUCUGCAUCUGAGCCUAAAAUUGGAUGAGAGCAAGUCCUGUGGGAGAGGAGACUUGCAGAGCAGGCAGGCAGAGAGAGCAGAGUAGUCGACCGAAAUGGAGCGACCCAUUUCUCUUAUCUGGUCUGGUUCUCUCUGCUCAGGUCUUUUGGACUAUUUGGGAUUGUGGUGGAACACAAGUCCCUCAUUGUCCCUCCCCCCCACUCUCCCAUGCUCUUCCUCCCUCCCUCGUCAUCUCAUUACGCAGCUCUACAUCUCAUCUCAUUCUGUCUUUCUGCUUCCAGAUCCUGCCCCCUAUUGUCCCUAAAAUUUAAGACAAAGAUUUUUUUUUUAAAAUGCACCCCUGCUUAAAAUUGCACCACUUUUUUUAUCACCAAUAUCUUAACAGUGCCAAUUAUGAUGGGACCACAAUUGUAUUACUUUAGUUUAAGCAUCAUGUUUAAAUAGAACAUUAAAGGAGGGAGGGGGAUGUUAUAAUUUCAUAUAUAAGGGAGAUGUCUUCUGUUCGGGUUAAAAUCUUUAUUUUGUUUUGUUUUGUUGUUUUUGAUUAAGAUAUUGAGCCAUGUUGUAUAAGGGGAGACUUAUCAUGCUUACUAAGCAGCAUCCAACGGUUUCAUGUCGUUCCCCUGACUGCCUGCUGGGAGGAUCAGAACGUGCAUGAAUUCAUUCUAGUCUUAACGUUUUGGGGAGUUUAUGUGCAUCAUUUAAGUUCUGGCUGAGACCAAGGCCACGGUAAAAUGCAGAAUGUUUGUUUGCUUUUACCAGCCCUUUCACCAAACUGUUUUUGGUUAUAAGUUGGUGUGUGUGCGUGUUUCUGUGUGUGCGUGUUUGUGUGUGCGUGUUUCUGUGAGAGUGCGUGUUUCUGUGUGUGCGUGCGUGUCUGUGUGUGUGCGUUUUGGUGAAACCGCUUGUGGGUGUGAGAAGGCUUCAUCAGCAAAUUCUACAUUCUAAAUUCUACAUUCCACUGCCAACAUGGACUCAUGAGGUAUAAAGGGGAAAUGAGAGCCAAUGCGGAGGGAGAUCUGAACAUCAACAUGUCACGGGCCUAUACUACAAAGCUAGUUAAGGAGUAAACCAGGUUAAGUUAUGAGGUAAAUCAUCUAAUAGAAGAGAUGAUUCAAGAGUAAACCAGGUUAAGUUAAGAGAAAAAUAAUUUAACAAAUUUAAAGAAAAUGAGGACUCCAGGCUCUUCUAUUAGAUGAUUUACCUCUUAACUUAACCUGGUUUACUCCUGAACCAGCUUUGUAGUAUAGGCCCCAUAAUGCCACUCUUUUUUGGGGGUUUGUUUUGUUCUCAUCUCUGCAAGCCAAGAAAAAUGGCAGAUCUUUAAGAGUAAUUGAAAUAUGAAAUAAAGUUUAACAUUUUAACUGGAACUGAUACUGGGGUCUCAAGAUGUAAACAUUUUGUCAAACAGUAUUUCGUUGUAACGAUCAUGACUCAAAAAGUGGAAAUGAGAUUCUUUUUUCUAAAUAAAGGACCAUGAUUGAA